AUGGGGCGGCCGCCGAGCAGCGGGGGCCCCGCGUUCCGGUUCACGCACGCGGAGGUGGCGGAGAUGGAGGAGCACCUCCGCCACCUCAACAAUGCCAUCCCGCAGCGCAACGUCAUCCAGGGCCUCGCCGAGAAGUUCACCGCCUCCGCCGCCCGCGCCGGCAAGAUCCCCGUCCAGUACAAGCAGGUCUGGAACUGGUUCCAGAACCGGAGGUACUCGCAGCGGGCCAGGACCCCCAGGGGCGCGCCGCCGCCGCAGGGGAAGAUGCUGCCCACGGGGGCCGAGGAACACCACCCGGCCUCCUUCAGGGCUCAGGGGUAUGAUGUUGCUGCCUUUCUGUCCCACAGGCUCUUUGAAACAGGGGACCCGGACUUUAUCAUUGUCCCUGCAAGGUCCAUUCAUAAUCAAAGCCUGGCUGCUUCUCUUCCACACAGCCAGCAAAAAGCAGGGGCAUUUUUGAGCCAAAGAGCCCUCCUGCACUAUGCUGCAGCGUGUGGCCUCGAGAAACAAGCACACCUACUCCAGAAUCUUGUCCCAAGAGAAGACCCAGACUCAUACACAUUUGCUGCGAGGCUUGUGAGCCGACUUGAGUAUGGUUUGAGAAGAGAGAAACAAACUGUUGAUGACUUGAUGUGGCUUGUCAAGCUGGAAGUAAAAGUUCGAUUUUCUGGAUUUGGGCCUGAGGAGGAUGAAUGGAUUAAUGUUCGUAAAUGUGUGCGGCUGCGGUCUCUUCCAUGUGAAUCUGCAGAAUGUGUUGCUGUGCUUCCUGGGGAUCUCAUUCUUUGUUUUCAGGAAGGCAAAGAGCAGGCCCUCUAUUUUGACGCUCGUGUUCUUGAUGCUCAAAGGCGCAGGCAUGAUGUAAGAGGGUGCCGCUGCAGGUUUCUUGUUCGGUAUGAUCAUGAUCACUCUGAGGAGAUUGUUCCUCUGAGGAAGGUAUGCCGUCGACCAGAAACUGAUUUCAGGCUCCAGAUCUUGCACGCAUCUAGAGCGGCGGCGUCUGCAGAUGCUCAGAAUGUUAGCCCAGUUGAGCAGAAACCCCAAAAGGCACACAAGAUGAUGGACGUGAACACUGCCGAGGUGACCGUGGUUUGCAACCCAGAUCAAGGAGGGCCAUCUGAUAAGCCGGCUGCUCCCUUACCAGCUGCGGCUGCUGGCACCCGCGGUGAUUCAGUUUCAGAUGUGCAGAUGGGGAAUGUGGAGGUUAUUCCAAAAGUUGAAGCUGCAAAUGAAGCACAUGACGACAAGAUGAACGUGGGAGCUUAG